AGAAAAAGGCAAAGAAAAAAAUGUAAAACCAUAUUCCUUUGUUCUAAAGCCGCAAUAUUCAAUUGGCUGAUACGUUUCUGAGAAAGCUGAUUUGCAAAGUCUCAAAUUUCACCAAAAAAAUGGGGGAUUCAAACAAUCUUGAAGAAACUUUGAAACCCUUUUAUCAGAGAGCUGCUGAAGCUGAGGAACGAUUGGCAAGACUUGAAAUUUCAGUUGCUAGUAAGACAGAUUCUAAGAAUGAGGAAUUAGAGAGAACAGUUGCUGAACUCCAGUCAAAGCUGAAAGAUGUCACAGCUGAGCUCAAAGCAGAACAAGAGAAGGGACAUAAACAGGUGGAACAACUCUCUGCAGAAAAUGCAAAGCUGAAAUAUCGUAUCAAACAUCUAGUUCGAUCGCUAGACGAGGCUCUUAGCAAGUUGGCGUCAAAGUCAGGUUAAUCUUCCUCAAGUUACUACCUGGUCUCGGUCCCAAACAUCUUCCAGGAUGAUAGCACUUUCACUUCCAAUGACUUAGUCGCAUUCUAGCAGUGGAUUCUAUUUAAACUGUUCAUUGUCAAGUAGAUGAGCUUGAGGGAAAAAGGGUAGAAUUAAGUGUGAAAAAUGUUGAAAUUUUCAAUGCUAAUUUGGUUAGGUUAUCACUCAUAACUUAAAAGAGCAGGGAAUAUGUCUUUAUGCUUAAAUUGAGUCUUCCACACAUGGAGUAAAUAUGUUGAAAUUCUAUUUUAACUGCUGUUGUUAGUCCAUUUUGCUAUAUCAAAAAACAUUUCCACUGCC